AAUACAACAAAGCAAUAGAACCACAUUUUUCUCGGUUGCGCACUUCCAAUUCGAUCUGAUUCUCUUCAAGGCUCGCUGAUCUUUUCCAUGGCUUGGACUAUGCGACAUAUUACAUGGCCUCACUUCGGUCGCUAGGAGCUCACACUCCUUCAGCUCUCCCCUACCUAGUCGGCGAAUCGAUCCUUAACGAAGAUGCCUCGCAGAAAGACUACCAGUGGGAGACAUACACCUAUCAGUCAGGGGACCACUGGGUAACCGAAGAGCUAGUAUGGACAGACUAUCGUGUCGUAUGGUCUCAGGGAGGGGUAGUACAAAAGACCUUCGACUUUGAGAUUGAGAAGCAAAAAGUCGUUCAGUCGGUCUUGACUUGGUUCGCCACUGAUGAUGCUGCUUUCGUGAGUAGUGAGCCAUCGAAUAUACCAGGAAAAGAGGAGCAAGAGGAAAGACUUUCAAGGCCAGGGAGACAUGCGACCCACACAAACUGUACAUCCAGCACGAUAUACGGUAGUCAUGACCAGGCAACCAACCACCAUCGAGAAACACUGCCAGAAACUCGCUCUCGUGCUCUGGUUGUUUUUUUGAAGUUUCAAGCCCAUCUUUUCUUCCUCCGAGGCUCGACCCAUGUCGUGAACUUGCCGUUCGAAGUCGAAAAGGUGCAUGCAACUCCUUAUGGCCUCCUACUACAGAGACGCCUACCCCCCGAGAAAGGCGUUGUUACAACGCCAUCUUUGCCUUUAGCGCCGAAUACUACCUUUGUAUCAUCUCAACUGUUCAGUCAACCGACUUUCAGACUGUCGACCUCGAUUGGGCAAUCCUUCGUUGCCACCAAGAAAGGUCGUCGAAUUAGUCGAAACGCAGCCAAUGGUAGACUCCUCGAAGAUAUUCUGAAAAGUGCAGAAACUCCAGUGGUCGACACCGUCCCGCGAUUGUUCUCAUUUACCGAUCCAUUGUCUGAACUGGGACUCGUUGUGGGCACAAAUUCGAGCGCCCAUUUCAACACAUCGCAGUCUUCCACCGGCAAUAGACGUCUGGAUCCUAUCGAUCGUGCAGAGGAAGUCAUUUACGUAUCUCAAGACGAUGAACUGGCCCACACAACUACCCAACACCUUCCAUUGAUCCUAGUGGUCACUUCUAAUAUUCAGAGCAGAACCUUUACAAUAUGGAAUGCAUCUUACUCUGCCGCAACCUCCAUCUCGGGGAGGAAGAAGCGAAGAACAUCGUCCUUAUCCGCCAAAAAGACACGGCGACGAAGCUCGUACGGUCCAGGUACUGGCACCGGGACGACAACACCCGGUGUACGAACAAGGGACGCCAUACGGACAGAAUCUGGUGCACAGGACCCCUCGAAGCCACUUACAAGGUCACAGAAGCAUGCUAUGGUACCGAGAGCAGAAAUAACGAGCAAGAAGGAGGCAGAAGCAGCCUUUGCAUCUCAGUUAGAUCCCGAUUACAGUCUGUCACAGCAGCCGCCCAAAGACUCGCGGCGUGUCAGCUCUUUACUUUCCCGGGGGGACGUCGGGACAAGCUUCGAUCACACUCCUUUCCAAGACCUUGCGGCACAUGCAAGCUUUGGUGCUGGACAGAAGCGUGGUCCCUCCUUUGGGGGCCCUGCGGAUCGGAUGAGCUUUGGUGCAUCACAAAGGCAGCUCCGCGCAUCUACUCCUGGGAGCAUUGCUAGGCUCAGCAUUGCAGAAACUGGCCCUGAUACAGAUGAUGAAAUCCUCGACGACUACUGGGAGGAGGACUCCUCUGAACACCUUGAGUUGGAGCAGCCAAUGAAAGGCCUUCGCAGAGAAGUCGUCUUGAUGAGAGUUGCUGAAGUUCCCUUCGGCGGGACUGCGCCAAUCUUCAGUAGCUCAUUGUCUUCCAAUGAUGACAAAAAUCUACCUAAGGUUUCGGUCUUGGUACCUCCUUGCACAAGAGCCAUAAACGGUGAAGUCAGGCAAGAUCUCUUCGUUUAUGUCAAGAGGUCUUCUGACAACACUUAUGCUGAGGUCCAGCUGGCCAUACAACCUCGCAAGAGACGACAUGACCCCCAGCAAGUGAAACCUGAGCGCUCGGAGAAGCCACUAUACGCUAUGCAGCCUGUCAAAAUAGCCGACAGGAUCGUUGAGGGCCCUCUGGAUUUGGUGAAGGUCGUAGAUGGCCCUGUAUCCCGCCUUAUCAGUCUAGGAACAAGCUCGGACGGGGGGAUCAGCCUUUCUCUAUACCCCAGUGGGAUGCGUCAUCUGCCAGUGUUGCUACCCCUAAGUCAUCUACGACUAUUCCAUCCCUACGAUAUUCACGGCUCGUCACCUUCAACAAGAAAGACUGCUGGGCUCAAAAGGACGCUGAGCAUACCAAAUGCUAUCCAUGGGUUCUCUCAUUCUGCGUCCGAUGGUCGCUUUAAUAUUGUAGAUGCCGAGGGAGUGCACCAUAGAUUAAGCGUAGAACUUACACCUCACGACCAACUGCUCAAUACUAUUAUCGACUUGCUACGGUUUGUUCUACCCGAGCAUGGAGCGGAUCUCAUUCUGUCGAUCUGGUGGAGCGCAGCUCAGUCCGCCCGCAAGCGUAAAGCAGGCGAUGUACAUUGGAUAGCGCUGGCUGCCGCGCUAUUCAGUAUACCACUGGUAUUUGUCGAACAUCGAGGCACAAAAAGUGGAUCGGACCGCAACGAUAACGAUCAACACGCAGUGCCACGUACUGGAGCCAAAGACGGAACUUCAGAGCUUUCCUGGGAUACAAUGAUUUUUGUCGAAACAAAGUCGAACGAAUCAGAUCCAGUAGUCGAGGCGUGCUGGGGAUGGACAGAUCGUCUGUCUCCUCCACAAGAUGAUUCGAACAAGCAGCAAGCGUUUCGAAACUACAUCCCUACGAGCAUACAAAUCGCAAGAGAAUUCAAUGAUUCUCCACUCGGUAAACAGGCUAAUGAACUGUGGAGAGACAUGUCAGUUGAUAGAGACCGAGACAUACGUAGUGUAUACUUGCCCAGACUGUUUGUUGCUUUGCAUUUGCUUUGCGAGGAGCAGAAAUUGAACAAAGUUGCGGACCGUGAGUCUCAUUCCGGUCCAAAGUAUCUGACAGCUGUUAUUGCGCAAAUAGGCCAUUGGCUUGGUUGGGACAGGUGGGGAGUUGAUGAUGAUAGUUACUAUGGCUUGGACGAGAUCGUGCUUGCGGACUGGUAUUUCGAAACUUCAAACCUCAAUUUAGUUGGCAUACCAUGUUCGCCUUGGGAGUCUCCUCCGUCCAUAUUGUCAUGGAUCGAGAAGGUAUCCUCUAUGCAGAGUUUUGUGCCGUUUCCCCUACUCGAUAAGCUUGUUGACGAUAUUCCGGAGGAGGAUCCCUGGGAAUUCACACAAACUAGUAUUGCCAAAAUAACGCCUCGAACUCACGCCUUGUCUGGAUUCUUCCGCAACGCGCACGCAGAGCGCGCAAACGACUCUACGGAGCGGGUCGAGCUUUUGAUGCGUAAUGGUAUCGAUACUAAAAUGCUUGAAACUUUGCCCGAGUGUGCAGUCGCACCUUUGAGGGAGGCGAUAGUAUCGUGUCAAUCAGCUCCGCCAACAACGUGGUCCAACUCUCUCCUUCAUUUGAUCGGCAGGGAUGAUCUUGGAAGUAUCGCCACAAUCGAACGCGAAUGGAAGCACAGCCAGCCACCGAUUCCAGAAUCGUCCAAAGACUAUCAUACAAUAUGCCACCAUGCUGAGCAACAUGUAACGGCUCACAGCUCUCCUGAACACGAAAGAAGUCAUGUCUCUAGACUGAUAUUCCGUGAGGAUCGUCGGUUGGCAGAAGCUGCCAAACUUCUCGAACCUCUGAAACAAACUGUUGCUGAGUGUAUUCCAGAACCAGGUUGGUCUGAAUCUGAAUACCUUGAUGCCCAGAAAGGCGUCAUGCAAUGGGUCAUGUUGCGAACAUUUGCUUUACCACCGGGGAACGCCAUGAUUAGCUACAAUCUUCGGAAACCACUUCUGACGGAGAAAUACCCCUUACAUGGCUUCACAACUUCGUGCUUGAUGAAACCGAUGAACAACAUAGUUACGGCGGAUCGGUCUACUUUUACGGAAGAAAAGUUCGGGUGGGCAUUCUUUCAUGCGGGAGUCUUCGCAGGUUUGACAAUUUCCAAAGAGGCCAAAGGUAUUGACACGUCAUGGAUCGUUUUCAACAAACCAUCGGAGUUGACCAACAAGCACGCCGGCCUCUUACUCGGCUUGGGUCUCAACGGUCAUCUCCGAAACCUUGCCAAAUGGCUCUCAUUCAAGUAUCUGACGCCGAAACAUGCUAUGACCACGGUUGGACUAUUACUAGGCCUUGCUGCUUCGUUCAUAGGGACGAUGGAUGCACUUGUAACACGAUUGUUAUCGGUCCACGUUACAAGAAUGCUACCACCGGGUGCAGCAGAACUCAACCUAUCGCCUUUUACCCAAACUACAGGAUUGAUGGGGAUCGGCCUUCUAUACUAUAAUACCCAGCAUCGACGCAUGAGUGAGAUUAUGCUCUCAGAGAUAGAGCAUUUUGAGGUCACAGAUCCGUCUGAGCCUCCGGACACACUCCGUGACGAGGGCUACAGACUCGCUGCUGGCUUCGCGCUGGGCCUGAUAAAUCUUGGACAUGGAAAUGAUAUGCAUGGUCUUCACGACAUGCGAAUAGUGGAGCGUCUCAUGGCUGUCGCUGUGAGUACCAAGCCUGUUGAUGUGAUCCACGUACUAGAUCAAGCAACUGCUGGCGGAACCAUUGCAGUGGCUCUCAUCUUCAUGAAAACCGAGAACGAAGCGGUCGCGCGAAAGGUCGAUAUUCCGGACACUAUUCCUCAAUUUGACUACGUACGACCUGAUAUCUUUCUUCUUCGGACACUGGCCAAACAUGUGAUUAUGUGGAGGCAGAUACAACCUGAGCAGCGCUGGGUAGUGAAGAACCUACCUCACGAGUACCAGUCACAGUACAGUCUUCGAACGAUCAAAAAGCUCCGAAGUGAGCACAUGCCAUUCUACAAUAUUGUAGCUGGGCUAUUGUGGGCAGUUGGUCUCAAGCAUGCCGGAACUGGUGACGUUGUGGCGCGGGACUUUCUACUUAGGUACCUUGACCAAUUUAUACGUAUUUGUCGACUUCCUGCUCUCCGCUACGACGCCAAACUGGCCAGAAACACGGUGCGCAACUGUCAAGACUUAGUAGCUUUGUCGGUGGCGACGGUGAUGGCAGGAACAGGAGACUUGGAGGUUUUCCGGCGACUGCGAGCUCUUCACGGUCGCGUUGGCCCAGACACUCCGUAUGGGUCUCAUCUUGCAGCGCAUUUCGCACUUGGUGCCCUCUUCAUGGCAGGCGGAACAUAUACCUUUGGCACGUCAAACCUCGCCAUCGCCUCGCUCAUCUGCGCAUUCUACCCGCUCUUCCCUGUGGAUGUGCUGGACAACAAGGCCCAUCUCCAGGCCUUCCGCCACUUCUGGGUCCUAGCCGCCGAACCUCGUUGUGUUGUUGUGCGCGACGUCGACACUCACAGGCUUAUCACUCUUCCGGUCGUUGCACGCAUGAAGAAUGGUACAGAACGAGAGUACUCGACGCCUUGCCUUUUGCCCGAGCUGGAUAGCAUCGCCUCUCUACGUACCGUAAGUAUGGAUUACUGGCAGGUCACACUUGACUUUGUGCACAAUUCAAAGCAUCUGUCUUCGUUUAGAAAGAACCAGACUAUCCGCGUGCGUCGUCGGCCAGCACAGGAAUCACACAGCUCAGUCUUCAGCUCGACAUUAGCAGCGCUGAACGAAUCACAAAUGUGGAGCCAUUCAGGGGUGUUGCUCAAGUGGAGCUGGAUCUUUGACCUGCAUGCCUUUGCGGAGUUUGAGAAGGCUGAUAUCGGCUUGAUCUUACCGCCGGAUGGCAAUAGUAGUGUGCAUACCGAGGCACAUGGUACGGUUCUCGAUGAUCGCCUUGUUCUGAAUGCAGCGGCUAGGUCCUGGAAUCGGACAGAUUUGCAGAAUGUGAAGGCUUUGUUUGCUUGGGCGCAGAAUGCACCGCAAGGAAAGCAGUUGAAAUGGUUGGGCAUGGAGGUUGUGGAGAGGUUGCGAGGGGUGAUUAUGGAGCGGAGUAAACAUAUGCGCGCCUAACAUUAGGCAAAGGAUGAGUUUUUAUGUUGACGCCUAC